CGGGUCUUCUAGAUGGCUAUGCUUACCGCCGCGGAAAAUUGGCGUUUCUGGGCGAUGGGGGCAUCGAGGCCCGGAUAUUCGACCCCGGCCAAUUCGACCGAGAUAACGUUGUCCUCCAAAAACAGGCCAAGCCUUCGACUGGGGUCAUGCACCGAGUUCACGGCAACAAACCCAGAUGGUGCAGAAUUCACAGUCACAGACUCGAAUCACGGCCGGCGGACCCACGAUGAUCGUAGGCCUCGCGUCGACUUUCUGCUUCAAGACCGCUGUCCGCGUCUGAACACGCUCGGCAGCUGCGCAUAUUGCGAUCCAAACACGUCGACUAAUAGCUCGAAAGUCAAGGCUGCCUCUCGUACCCUGGUCGACGUGGCAGAACCUGCAACUCCCUUAAUGCGCCCUGGUUAAGGAAUGAGGACUUUUUUCUUUCUUGUUCAG